UCUUGUAAUACUCAGGAGUCAGAACAAUACUUGAAUUCGUAGCAGAAUUUUCUCUGUUUGCAUAUAUAGUAUUGUUUUUCACGAGCAUCAGUAGCAUGUACUGGAUCUAAGCUAAUGAAGCCUUAAGAUCUGUGACCUUUAAUGCCAUCAGUAAUUGAAAAAAAUAUCAGUAAAUAUUCACAAUCGCAUUAAUUCGUCACACGUACGUCAUAUAGGAAUCGAUAGCUCAUCACUUUACUGGCAUCUUCGUUAAUCUGCAUAUGUGACCUUUAACGAAAUGUGUUGCCGUUAAUCGGAUAGAGAUUUGUCUUCACACGUAUAAUCGGUCUGUUUAUAAAUUACGGAAUAGUGGAAAUGAUUGCGCUACAGUUGCAUAUGCAAUCCACACUGAUUGUGUGUACGUAUCGAUCGUAUGACAUGUACCCGGUUGACUCCACAGCAUCGUGGUUCAGCUAGCUAAUUUGUGGGUUUCUCGGCAGCUUCCAGUGCAGUAACUGUCAUACCAUGAGCGCACAAGAGUCACUCCCUAUGAACGCUCAAUGCAUGCGGCGCAGAAUAUUACCGUACAACUCCCACAUCCAGACGUCGGCUGCACGAUGCGAACGAGAACUGCAAAAACACGAUCGAUAUAUGCCUUAACUGGGAUUUCCUCGGUGGACGAGGGGAUGACAACGCUAACCGUUAAUGCCGCUGCGCCAUCCGUAUUCUCCCGUAUAUUCCAUGAUUAUUAUGCUCAGAAAAUCCGAAUAUCAAGGCUCGACAAACCGCGACCCAUCCUGCUGUCUUCGGGGUUAGGAUUGCUGAUUUUUGGAUUGCUGCUGCUGAUGAUGGCUGGUGAUCGGCGACACCACGAUUUAGAUAAUGCUGUAACUGCUCUGCUCACCUGCGGAUGGUGCGCAAUUACUGGUAUCGUUGGUCUCUUUGCGGCUUGCUGGUGUCCCAGUGGCAAGGCUAAUUUGGAAUGUUACCACGACGUGGAAAAAUGCCUGAAGAAAAGGGCUUUGCUGUUCUAUCGCGCAUACACUGGAUGCUUGGCGGUCUUGAUAUGCUUCGCUCUGGCCUUGAUUAUCCAUUCCGUUGUGGCCGGCAUCCUGACGGUGUGGGAUGCUCCGCGAGGUGAAGCGGAACUCUUCAUCGUCUUCGGCAUUAUUUUACUGCUCAACUGUCCCAUGUUUAUCUGCAUGGUGCUGGCGGAUAAAGAGUCUUUUAUCGAGUAUCACAACAGAGAACACGGAGGCCAUGAGGACGCCGAGGCACGAAUCGGUCGGCCCAUCCCGCACGCGGGAGCCCAUAGCCUGCAAGCAGACACAGUAUCCCUUCCACCGCAGUAUUCCGAUGAGCUCAGCCGCGGUCUGCUGCCCACAUACGAGAUGGCAGAAUUGGAGGAGCCGCUGCUGUGCUCAACGCUGACAAUACAGAACGGAAAAAUGGUGGAGCUGCCACCAUCGUAUUCGCAGAUUGUGGCAUUCGGUCAUAGUUCGUAGUGGCGAAGUAUUGACCAGCGCAAAAAAUUCUGCUGUAUUAUAGGGCGACCUUAAACCAUUUGCACCAUCUUCCAUAGUAACGCCAUUUUUCACCGACAAUACUUAUAAUAGUCCUGUAUAAGAAUGACACCAUGCAGCGCUCAAGAAAGGAAUGUAUAAAAUGUUAUUUUCUCACGCUAUGUCCGAAUCAUGGGAAAGGUACAUAUGCCGGUCACCAACAGGUUGAUUUAACCUGUAUGUAUUAAUCUGCGUUAAGGACUACGGUGUUAUGGUCGUCAAUCAAAAUUAAAGAAUGCUCUAAAAAUUACUCGGGAAAAAUGUUAUGAGCACUAGCCAAGUGCCGUACGCGUUUGUAACUAACUGUAACU